CCGGUUUCAGCUGGCAGGAAAGAAGAUGAGGUGGGUGGCGAAGCGGUUCGGUGGGCAGCGGACAGAGUUACAGUGCUAUGUGCGCAACGCGAUUGUGGCGGUCAUGUUGUUUGACUAUGAGCCGGUCACAGGCUUGCCACAAUCGAGGCGUCCUAUGCCAGGCGCAUUGCCACUGCUCAAAUGUCAAGACACUGCUCCCUGUGGCGACUGCUCACCCAGGAUUGUAGUCUUACCGGCGGCCUUUCGGAAGCUGGCGAAUGUGGAUCCGGCUGUUGUCGAGUCGUUUGUUCUGUUUACCGGCAUUGAGGUUUUUGAAUGCCUGUUCAUUCUCUAGUACAAGAAUUCAUGAA